AAAUGUAAUUUGUGGGCUUUUUUUACAUUGUGGAAUAUUGUUCGCAUAACAACUUAGGUGUGCAUUUUCUACCUUGUGUUCGCAUUUCCUGCAAGCAACUACGGUACAAUGGACAAUAUUUGAUGCGUUUCAACAAUAGGAAAAUAUAAACUCCCAUGACUUCACAUGUACUUUCAUUUCUCUUUAGGGACAGACACUACACUGACAAUGCAUGCCAGAUUUAGAAUCGUAAAGUCGAUAAAACGUGUGGAAUAUUUUCGAAAUUAAAUACUGCGGUGGUGUAAGGUGGUCGCACCACCUGGAACCAGAUUAUUGAACGUCCCAUUGCCCCUGAACUUAAAACAGGAAGUGUUAAACGCGAAGGUUGAAACGAACACGGCAAAACGUUAAUACAUAAAAAUAAAUAAACACAAUGAAAUAGUGUCUUGGUCACGUGACCAGGGUCCAAGGUUUAGCGGGAAGCAAGAUGGCGAGCGACAUGACAGGCACCGCGUCGGACACGGUGCAGUGUCCAAUUUGUUUUCAAGACUUCCACUGCGACGCUAUUAAUGGUCACCUCGACGUUUGUCUGACAAAGAGCGACGCCCACGACGGUCGUUUGUCGACGGACUCCGACGCUGGAACUCCGCUGAAGAAGUUUUGUUACGAAGCAGCGCCCAAGAAGCUUACCGGUGGAGAGCACCGCACGGCGGCGCCCUCCACCUCGCAUGGAGCAUUCUCCAUGUUUCGCGACACGAAUACGUCAUUCCCCAACAAACGACUUGGUGGCGGCGCGGUCAACAAGGCAGUUAAGCGUAGUUUUGUGGCGGAGACCGAAUUUGAACCCGGAUGCUCCGGGACGCGGCCGAAUAAUGGCGGACAGACCUUGAACGCGACGCAGGACUUGAACGCAACAGAUGCUUUGUGCCUUCGGACACUGUUAACGUCAAACAAACCGCUGGCGGAGAUGCUGAGGCCGAACACGCUGGUGGAAUACUUUGGGCAGAAUAAAGUUGUCGGCGAACAAACCCUUCUGCGCUCCCUGCUGGACUCCCAGGAAAUACCCUCGCUCAUCCUCUGGGGACCACCAGGAUGUGGAAAGACCACUCUGGCUCACAUCAUCGGCAGCAACAGCAAGAAGAAGGGCACGGCUCGUUUCGUGAGGCUCUCCGCCACCGGCGCGUCCACGGCCGACGUGCGAGAGGUCAUCAAGCAGGCGCAGAACGAGCUGCGGCUGUGCAAGCGCAGGACCAUCCUUUUCAUCGACGAAAUCCACCACUUCAACAAAUCCCAACAGGACACGUUCCUUCCUCACGUCGAGUGCGGGACGGUCACUCUGAUCGGUGCCACCACUGAGAAUCCGUCCUUCCAGGUGAUCUCCGCUCUGCUGAGCCGCUGUAGGGUGCUCGUCCUCGAGAAGCUCUCGGUCGAGGCGAUGGGCUCGAUCCUGGACCGGGCGGUGGCGGCGCUCGGGAUGGCCGUACUGGAACGGGAAGAAACCGAUCCCGAAAGGCCGGACCCCCCGGCGGACGGAAACCAGCCAAAAGUUUACAUUGAACAAAAAGCUCUGGACACAAUCGCCUACCUGUGUGACGGUGACGCCCGGACUGGGCUCAACAGUCUGCAGCUGGCCCUCCAAGCUCAGGCCGGCUUGACGGGACCGGAUGGUUUCACCCGGGAUAUUCUUGUGAAGGAAGAACACAUCAAGGAGGGUCUCCAGAGGUCUCAUAUUCUCUAUGACAAAGCUGGCGAAGAGCAUUUCAACUGCAUCUCAGCGUUGCACAAGUCCAUGAGAGGCUCCCACGAGAACGCCGCCCUCUACUGGCUGGGCCGCAUGCUGGAAGGCGGCGAGGAUCCGCUCUUUGUGGCUCGUAGGCUGGUCUGCUUCGCCAGCGAGGACGUGGGUCUGGCAGAUCCCUUCGCUCUUCCUCAAGCCGUGUCCGCUUUCCAGGCCUGUCACUUCAUCGGGAUGCCUGAAUGUGAGGUGAUCUUGGCUCAGUGUGUGGUCUAUCUCUCCCGGGCGGCUAAGUCCACGGAGGUGUACGUGGCCUACAAAAACGUGAAGGCCUGUCUGAGGAACCGCAAAGGCCCCCUGCCACCCGUUCCGCUCCACCUGCGCAACGCACCCACCCGCCUCACGAAGCAGCUGGGCUACGCCGAGGGUUACAAGUACAAUCCGGCCUUCGGCGCGCCCGUGGAGCAGCAGUACCUGCCUGACGAGCUGCGGGGCAUUGACUUCUUCACCUGGACGCCAUCGGAACGGUGAUCCACCGAGUUACUCUUCGGCUUAUGUUUGCACAUGUCAAGAUAAUAAAAGACUUAAGCGUUGCAUCCAUUUAUGUUCUGCUUAGCUACUGAUCUUAAUUAAGGCUGUUGCUCUUCAAGCGAAAUACCUGAACGACGGAAAUUUCAUGUUAUGCUAUUAACAAUCACACAGUUCCGAUCUUAUGUACAGACAAGUUAUGUUGCUUUUGCAUUAUCUUUCAAGAGUAAAGUUUUUCCCAAAUUCAAAAUUGACCGAUUAUUUUGCAGAUAUGGGUCAUAUGAUUUUACGCCGCCUUUGUUUUCUGUGGGUAACUGUCUCCCAUGUUGAAACAGCCAUGUUUAAUGUCCUAUUUUCAAAAAGGUAUUGAUGAUUAACAAUUUUAGGCAUUUCAAUCCUCUCAUUUAGUUAUUCAUACACAGCAUACACGAGAGAUGCAAGACGUUAGGGAUAUUGGGCUCUCGGUUGACAAUUCUGGAUGAACCUAAAAUGCACUAUAACCUUUGCGGCAGGUGAAGUUAUUAACCCUUCUCUAAACUUUUGGAUGCACUUGUCAACAGUACUACUAGCAGAGUUUUCUGCUCUCUUACAAGGUGCUGGAUGGCAAAAUUAGCCAUUGUUGUGUCUAGUAUAUAACAGAUAAAUUAUAAAACACGAACAAUUAUGCGCUAAAAUGUCUUUUAUCAACCCAGAAGAAUUCAAUGUUG